AUGGAUUCUACAGCAACUGAUGUGGCCGUAAUGGAAACGAGAGAGGCUUCGCCCGCUCAUUUGUUGGUCAAAAUCGAAUCUUUUUCCUUGUUUGAGAAGCAUGGUAUCAAGGAAUUCAAGACGAGUGAAUUUGAGGCCGGGGGAUACGAAUGGAAGCUUUCGAUUUACCCAAAUGGAAGAGAAAUAGACGAAGGGUACGUGUCGGUGUACUUAGCCAUUGUGGAUUCUGGUUACUUGCCCAAAGGCUGGGAGGUUAAUGCCACGUUCACGAUCUGCUUGUUUAAUCAGAUUUCCUGCAAUUACCGCUAUUCACUUGGAAUAAGUCGGCGUUUUCUUGCAAUGAAGAGAGAAUGGGGCUUUCCCAAGUUCAUCUCCAAGACACAACUUAACGAUCCUCACAAUGGAUUCCUCAGCCACGAUGACAGUUGUGUUUUUGGUGCUGAAGUUUUUGUUAACGAAAAUAAAGCUUUCAUUGAUUGUUUAUCUUUGAAGAAUGAUGUGAAUGCUCCCUACAAGGAGGAAUGGAACAUUCCGAACUUUUCUAAGUUGGGGAGUGAAUGGGUUUCACCGGAGUUCUUUGUCGGAGACCGUAAAUGGUGUGUGAAGAUGUUCCGAAAUGGACUUGGAGAAGCUAGCGGACGCUUCGUGUCUAUCUUCUUAUACUAUCUUUCUACGAAUGGUAACAACGAACGUUUGCACACAUGCUUUACAAUCCGCAUGAUGAAUCAACUUAGCACUGAACACGAAAGUAAAGUUGGUUCUAAUUGGUUUUCAGCUCCUGGAAACCUUAACUGGGGAUGGGCUUCAUUUAUUGAGCUCGAUGCGGUGAAUGAUCCUAACGAAGGAUUCAUCGUGAACGACUAUUGUAUUAUAGAAGUAGAGAUAUCUGUGCAAGCGAUUGCAAGCUCAGUCUGA